AUGGGGGGAGGAGUGGAUGAGGUGGCGAAGGUGGUGGAUUUGGAGGACGGGGAGUGGGCGGAGGAGGCGGCGGAGGGGUCGAGCAGGGAGACGCGGAUGCUGCCAAGGAUGCCGGUGCGUGUGCUGCUCGCCGAGGGCGACGACUCCACGCGCCACGUCAUCUCCGCGCUGCUCCGCAAGUGCGGCUACCAAGUUGCUGCAGCCUCUGACGGUGUGAAGGCGUGGGACAUAUUAAAGGAGAAAUCUUUCAACAUAGACCUUGUUUUAACUGAAGUUGAUCUGCCUUUGAUGUCUGGGUUCCUCUUGUUAUCCACGAUCAUGGAGCAUGAUGCGUCCAAGAACAUCCCUGUUAUAAUGAUGUCUUCACACGACUCAAUAAGCAUGGUUUUCAAAUGCAUGCUAAAGGGUGCAGCAGAUUUUCUUGUUAAGCCAAUAAGAAAGAAUGAAUUAAGGAACUUGUGGCAGCACGUUUGGAGAAAACAACUCGCAAACGGUGGGUCUGAUGUGCACCACAUACAACAAGAAGAUAAUCUUGCAGAAAGAAUCGAACAGAAGACUGGCAUGACAAAAGCUGAUAAUUUGAACAGAGAUGGGCCCCGUAAAAAUAGAGAAUGCAGUGAACAAGAAAGUGAUGCUCAAAGUUCUUGCACAAGGUCAGAGCCGGAGGCUGAAAGUAAGCAAACUAACAACAUUUUGGAGUAUAAGCAAUCUACUGAAAGACAUUUGUCUAUUCCUAGCCACAAGAAUGUUGAGCUAAAUGGACAGACCAAAAUACGAACAGCUAAGGGUAAUAACUUGAUUCCAACAAGAGAAGGUGAUUUAUCGCCAAAGAAAAGAACAUGUUUGAAUGACAAUAAUUCUGAGAGAGCUUCCAAAGAUAUGGAGCUAGUCCACAUUAUGGACAAUCAGCAGAAGCAUAGCAUACAGAGGGAGGUGGAUACUAUGAGAACAACAUCUAGGGGAAAUGAUGAUGAGAAGGGCUCCAUCCCAGCACACCAGUUGGAACUUUCUCUUAGAAGAACUGACUACGGAAAAUUGGAGAACCACGAGAAAAAUGAUAGAAGAACACUGAACCAUUCAACUUCGUCUGCAUUUUCCUUGUAUAAUUGCAGGGCUGUGUCCACCUUAGGAAAUGCUGGUGAUGGUCAAUUAUGCAGCACCUCAGAAACACUAGUGGAUGUUGACAAUAAAAAUGGAGAUUCGGCAGCUCCCUCUCAAGACAUGACUGAAACAAAUCGUCCUCCUAUUAGAGUCGUACCAUUUCCUGUCCCUGUUCAAGGUCUCACAUUUGAUGGGCAGCCAUUCUGGAAUGGUACACCGAUGGCAUCCCUAUUCUACCCACAGUCAGCUCCUCCCAUUUGGAAUAGCAAAACAUCCAUGUGGCACGAAUCAACCCCACAAGCAACCUCACUGCCCCAAAAAUCGCAACAGAAUGAGCCAAAUGAAAUGGGUGCUAAACCAGUUGAAAAUGCAGAGGAACCAUUUGUCAUAGGUCCUCCCAGUGCCAGUGGGAAGCAGCUGCAUGUUGAAAUUCCUAAAGAUGAUCCACGGCAUAUUUCUCCUAUGACUGGUGAAAGUGGAAUUAGUACCGUGCUAGACAGCACCAGAAAUACUCUGAGCAGCAGUGGCUGUGAUAGCAUUUCCAACCAGAUCACUGCCCCUACUAAAUCAUCCAAUGUAUAUAAGGGUGUUCCUGAAACCCCAAGCGCCGAAGGUUCACGACACUUGAGCCAGCGUGAGGCUGCACUGAACAAGUUCCGGCUAAAGAGGAAGGAUAGGUGCUUUGAGAAGAAGGUUCGAUACCAGAGCCGGAAAUUACUUGCAGAGCAGCGUCCACGGGUCAAGGGCCAGUUUGUUCGUCAAGAUCAUAGCAUCCAAGGAAGCUAA